GCUUACAAACUAACUAUAACUUUUUUUUAUUUGACGUGAACAAAAUUUAACGGUGUACCAAAAUUUCAGUAUAUAAGUUUCCGCGGAAAAAGUUUUUCAUUUUUAGCAGAUAUUAAGUAUUAGAAAAAAUAAAUAAAAAAUUAAAUCCUUCGAGCCGGAGUCGAACCAGCGACCUAUGGAUAUCUAAUGUUUCUUGCGAUUGCCGACCUACAGUCCACCGCUCUGCCAACUGAGCUAUCGAAGGCAUGAAAAUCUGGCGACCAAAGUCUUUUAUCAAUAGUAACUGUGAAAGAAAUUCCAGUUGAACUGCCAGCAAACCAAGACGAUUCAACGAACGCGCUUUAACUUCAGAGCUUUCCAUUUUGUGUACCAGCGGUUGCGACGUCUGCGUCGCCUAAUUCAGUCAGAAUUGCGUCGAUACUGAACGAGAUUUUUUGUGUCGGCAGUUUGCUUUUAACUGCCGGCUGUAAAGGUUUACUGCCGCUGACAAAUACUGUAUCAAAGAAGCUUCAGCUACCAGAACGCCACUAUUUCUUUGGACUGUUUGCAAAAGUAAAAGUUUCGCCCACUGGUCGACAACAGACAAUUUUUAAAGCUAAUCAUCACAGAAACCAACACCUACUCAAAUCCAAUUCAGAAUGGCGUACCAUAAGCCAGAAGCGAAAACUGUGCAGGACCUGAAAGAUAUGGCCCACAAGCUGCGUAUACAUUCUGUCGCAUCGACGGAGGCCGCUAAGUCUGGUCACCCGACCUCAUGUAGCUCCAUCGCCGAGAUCAUGUCUGUGCUGUUCUUCCAGCAUAUGCGUUUGAAUUUGAAGCAUCCUCGUGAUCCCUCCAGUGAUCGUUUAGUUCUGUCCAAGGGCCAUGCUGGUCCAAUUCUGUAUGCUGCGUGGGCAGAGGCUGGUCUAUUUCCCGUAGAGGAACUGAAAAACUUGCGCAAAAUCGACAGCGAUCUGGAAGGGCAUCCGACUCCGCGUCUGAACUUCAUAGAUGUCGGCACUGGAUCUCUGGGCCAGGGCGUGGCCAUGGCUGCCGGCAUGGCAUAUGUGGGCAAGAACUUCGACAAGGCCGACUAUCGCACCUAUGUAAUUGUUGGGGAUGGUGAAACGGCUGAGGGUUCCAUUUGGGAAUCUCUGCACUUCGCUUCCCACUAUGAGCUAGAUAAUCUGUGCGUGAUUUUCGAUGUGAACAGGUUUGGACAAUCGGAGGCCACUUCCCUGCAGCACAAAAUGGAUGUGUACCGUGAACGCCUGGAAGCCUUCGGCUUCAAUGCUCUCGUCGUGGAUGGCCACGAUGUUGAGGAGUUGUGCAAGGCUCUUCACUGUGCUUCUAGCACGAAGAACAAGCCCACGGCCAUCAUUGCCAAGACGCUAAAGGGCAAAGAUUUUCCGGAUAUUGAGGAUCAAGAAAACUGGCAUGGUAAGCCAUUGGGCGCGAAGGCUGCGUGCGCCAUCAAGACUCUGGAGGCCCGUAUUGUCAACCCGAAUGUUAAGUUGGUACCCAAAAAGAUUUGUAAAUCGGGUCUGGCACCUGAAGUGGACAUCACCAAUAUUAAAUUGUGCACUCCGCCUAACUACAAUCUUGGCGAUAAGGUGGCCACUCGUGUGGCCUACGGCUCGGCCCUGGCCAAGAUUGCUGCCGACAACGAUCGCGUGAUUGCCAUGGACGGCGAUACCAAAAACUCUACGUAUGCAGAUAGGCUGCGCAACGCCUAUCCGGAACGCUACAUCGAGUGCUUCAUUGCUGAACAGAAUCUGGUGGGUGUGGCUAUUGGUGCUACUUGCCGUCGUCGCACAGUUGCAUUCGCUUCAACAUUUGCCACGUUUUUCACUCGUGCGUACGAUCAGAUUCGCAUGGGUGCCAUCUCGCAAACGAAUGUGAAUUUUGUCGGCUCCCAUUGUGGUUGCAGCAUUGGUGAGGAUGGUCCCUCACAGAUGGGCCUGGAGGAUAUUGCGAUGUUUCGCACUAUACCAGGAAGUACCGUUUUCUACCCUUCGGAUGCUGUGAGCACUGAACGUGCUGUCGAGCUUGCUGCUAAUACAAAGGGCGUGUGCUUUAUCCGCACAUCGCGUCCCGAAACCACUGUAUUGUACAACAACGAUGACAAGUUCGCUAUUGGACGCGGCCGGGUGGUGCGCCAGAAGCCGUCUGAUGAGGUGCUUCUCAUUGGCGCCGGCAUUACGCUGGACGAGUGCCUGAGCGCUGCUCAGCAACUGGAGAAGGAGUGCAUUACGGCCCGUGUCAUCGACCCCUUCACUGUGAAACCACUCGAUACGGACUUGAUUUUGGAGCACGGCAAACAGUGCGGUGGUCGCGUGGUUGUUGUUGAAGAUCACUACCAGCAAGGCGGUUUGGGCGAAGCUGUGCUUAGUGCUCUGGCCGAGCAUCGCAAUUUCGUGGUGAAGCACUUGUUUGUGCCCACUGUGCCGCGAUCUGGCCCUUCGGCCGUACUUGUUGACAUGUACGGCAUCUCUGCUCGGAAUAUUGUAGCUGCCGUCAAUAGCAUCAUUAAGAAGUGAGCAGCAGCAUAUUUUCUAAAUGCAAUUUUCUACAUAUGUAAUUUGCGAAAUUUAGAAUAAAGAUUCUUCAAUAUCAUUUAAAAA